AUGGAUGAACCAACAACCUGGGAGAAACUGGUGCAGAGGACCGAUUGCCUACGCCCAUUUAUAUCACCAACAGACAUAUCUAUAUACGAUGCCGUCUUUCCAGCGUCAACUCAUCCCAAGAUUGCUACCAUAGCUUCACUGAUGAACGAACUUUACACUCUGUUCAUCGAGAUGGGUUACCUACCGCCUACUUCUGUGUCAUUCGCUCCACACAAUACUUGCCCAAUAUCCUUGAAACAUGCUGCUCUGUUCGGACUAGAGAAGCAAGUCGUGGAUCUCUUGCAAAUGCUUCCUUGCUAUGACGGCACAGGACCUAACUGGAACUUUGGAUCUGACCAAGGAGAGUUCUUGUAUGGGGGAGAGUUUGAUAAUGAUCUAAGGGGAGAGGACAAGGAACUCUCCUGGUGGAGAAAAUGUUCUGAUCCAUGCUACUUUACCGAUGUCGGAUGGAAGGGAGCGAGAGCUAUCGGGUGGGACUUGAAAUGUAAAGAUGUUGAUGAGGAAGGUGGGGAGAUGGAGGAGGAGGAGGAGGAAGAGGAAGAGGAGAAGGAUUGGCUGAUGAUUGAUGAACCUGAAGACGACGAUCUUGAGGACGCCGAUUGGGGAGAGACGACUGACGGCAAUCAAGAUACCGAUGAUGAAGAAGCAACUGAUGACGACGAAACGACUGACGACGAAGAAAUGACCGACGCUCCCUCCUCAGACGAAGAAGAGAUCGAAGCAGAAGAACUUCUUACCUUGCAACAAGACACUAUCCUCGCCAACGCGGCAUUGGAGGAAGAAGAAGCUGAAUUUGCAGCAGCGAAAGCAAAGAAAGAAGAGGAGGAAAAGGCCUAUCGAAAAUUACUUGAGGAAGAUCCUAGGAAUGAACGUCUCCUCCUUUACAUGCGCCCCUGGCACGUCACGCUCAACAGUAUCGGCAAUCAUGGUACAAUCCUCUUCGUCAACACCCAUAAUUUCACAAUCUCUCAAACUUGCUUUGGCAAUGUCUGUGAUUUCAGACACAACGCAAUACCUUAUCUCCGCAGCAUGAUCAACAAUUUUAGGACCUUACAAUGGAUCCCUGGUGGACUAUACUCUCCAGAUCAUGACAAGGAAAGAUUUACAGCCUAUGAAAGCCUCUACCUCGAAGCGGGAUGGCCAGAUACCUUUGACCGCGACAAAUUUGAGCGAUCGAGAGAGAAUUAUGAAACCGAACUCCGCCAGCGCUACAUUGGCCAACAACCUCUGAGGGCACUAUCCGAGCAUGUGUCCAAAAUGCGAUCGCGCGAAAUCAACAAACUCCGCUACCAGCACACUCUCGAAAAACUAGCCGCCCUGUCGCCUAAUGCCGACUCAGACGAGCGCAAAAACCUAGAACAGGGAAUUUAUCGCUUUGGAAGAGAGUUUCUACCAGCUCAUUUUGAACCCAUUAGUAAAGACACGCUCGAAGGCUACAAGAACAACCUUAACGAGAUGCUCAAGAAAGGAGCUGCAGAAUCACUAGUCAAGAGCCAGAGAGAAGUGAUAGCAGAGAUAGAACUUGAGAUGCAAGCCACCAGUUUCGAGGAAAAGGAUUGGUUGUUCUAUGAGCUUAGGAGGAAACAAGCACUGACUGUUGACUCAAAGAUGAAAGCGUUGUUCAAGUGUAAACUUAGUUGGAGAGGUUCAUCGAUUGAUCUGCUUGAUGUGGACUUGACACCAGAGAUUGUGAAAGAGAUGGCCAGAGAGAAAUAUGAGAGGAACUUGUAG